AUGUCUGACUCAAAUUUAAACUCGUGUAAAUUACCGCUUAUCGCUGUAACCGUUCAUCCGUCAAAAUAUAAUGGAACUCAAGACCCGGAAUCAUGGCUACAAGAUAUUCGUUUCUUUUGUCGUCUUCAUGGAAUUGACGAUGAAGAAGAAAUAGUUUCUUUUGCUAUACUUAAAGUUGAUCCAAUUAUUUUUAUUCCCGAAAAAACAUCAACUUUUGCUGCUUUUUUAAGAGCUUUAAAAAAUCAUGUAACUUACACAGUCAUGUCUCAAGCAGCACUUCAUAAUCUUCGACGUUUAAAAUAUAGUUCGAACGUUGAUAUGUCUGAUUUUAUAUCAAAUUUUCUCUCGCUAUGUCGAAGCGCCAACGUUACAAACAUUGAAGAACAAAAAUCUUUCUUGUUAGGUUCUUUGCAUGAUGAUAACAUUCGAAAUAUAUUAGCAAGCAAGUUUCGACCUGUUGAAGAAUUUGACUGGGUCAUAAAAGUAUUCCAGGGGAUCAUUUAUGAAUACCCUUUACAUCAAAUUCGUUGUGGGUCGAAAAUUACCCUCAAACAUUGUGUCACCGGCCAAUACUUAUCACAUGGUGAACAUAAACCUAUUGCACCUGGGUCACCACAUUCUACAGUAUUUUGUAAUGGAUCGAAACCUCGAGAAAAUGAAAUAUGGAUUGUUACCUCUCCUUCUGGUGAAAACAAAAAUUCCGGAGAUCCCGUGCAUUUUAAUUCCGUCAUCGGCCUAUGUCACGAAAAAUCUCGAUCGAACCUGUGUGCGGCCAACGAGCUAGCUUCACGUGAUGUUUGGGCGUCAACCGGAAAAGACUCAAAUUGUAACUGGGUCGUCCGACGACAUGCCACAGAGUCGGGUUAUCUCAAUGAAAACAACGGUGUUUGGGCGAUAGGUGAUAUCGUUAUCUUGGAACAUGCUAACAACAAACUACCACUCUUCACUCAGAGUCAUAUUGAGUUCAUAGAUAGCCAUUCCAAUUCAAACCAAGAAGUUUUGUUGGAUGGUGAUGGUUUUGAAGAAAAUAAUAAG